AUGAUUAUGAAAGAAGAUAAUAAAGAUCAACUGCACAUCACCACUCUUUACAGGCAAAACGAUCAAUUCUCCCUCCCCAAGAGCAUGUACGCCAAGAACUCAAUUCAACAUGCAUACCUUUAUCCUGUUGAACCUGUUUUGAACGCUCUUCAAACUGAUGCUCAAAAAGGUUUAAAAGAAUCAGAAAUCGAAAAGAGAAGAGAAGAAUUCGGCAAGAAUGUUCUGCAAGGUGGAAGUGAAAUUAGUAUCGCACGUAUCUUGUUCAGACAAAUUGCAAAUGCAAUGACGCUCGUUCUCCUUUUAGCAUUCGCCGUUUCACUCGGUAUCAGAUCUUGGAUCGAAGGAGGUGUACUAGGAUUCGUUGUCGGACUAAACGUCUUAGUCGGAGCCAUUCAAGAAUACAGUGCUGAAAAGACAACAAACGCACUCAAGAAUCUAGCUUCUCCCACCGCAAGAGUGAUUCGUUCUGCAAACACAUACAGCAUUCCAGCCGAAGAAGUAGUUCCAGGUGAUAUCGUAGAAUUGGUCACUGGUGAUACUGUGCCCGCUGAUAUUCGUAUCGUCGAAGCAAUGAACUUUGAAGCGGACGAAGCUUUACUCACCGGUGAAUCAUUACCCGUUGCCAAAGAUGGUGCAAUCGCAUUUGGUGAUAAAGACAAGGAUCCCGAAGAGAUUGACGUUCCAGUCGGUGACAGAAUCAAUAUGGCAUACAGUUCAAGCAGUGUUACCAAAGGAAGAGCUUUGGGUAUCGUCGUUGGAACAGGAAUGAAUACCGAAAUCGGUAGAAUCGCAGACGCUUUACGUGGUGCUGAUCGUAGCAGCAAGAUUCGUGAAGUUAAACGUAACGCACAUGGUAAAGCACUUCCUCAUAGAUACGUUCAAGCAGGUGCUCUUACCGUUUACGAUCGUGUUGCUGCAUUUUUAGGAUUAACAAAAGGUACUCCUCUUCAACGUAAAUUAUCAUGGUUAGCCAUCAUUUUGUUCUUGAUUGCAAUCUUAUUUGCAAUCAUUGUAUUCCUGGCAAAUUUGACUGGAAACGUAAGUCCAUGGGGUCAACAAGAAGUAGCAAUCUACGCAGUGGCAACGGGUGUUUCCAUGAUUCCUGCCAGUCUAACAGCCGUUUUAACAUUAACGAUGGCAAAAGGUGGAAAAGCAAUGGUGAAAAGAAACGUAAUCGUCCGUAGAAUGGAAUCUUUGGAAGCCAUUGGUGGAAUUACAGACAUUUGCUCAGACAAGACUGGUACUUUAACCCAAGGAAGAAUGGUUGUUCGUAAAGCAUGGUUACCUGCUCGUGGUACAUACACUGUCAAUGAAACAAAUGAGCCUUUCAAUCCAACACUUGGAGAAGUUUACCGCAACGAAGUCGAGCCUUCAAGCGAAAAAGUAUCCGGAUCCGAUGAAAGCAACUCCGAAAAACAAAGUCAAAGCAUAGACGGAGAAACAAUGACAGAUGGAAGUGCAGGUGAUAGCAAAGUGAUUGAAGAUGGUAAAUUUUCCAAUUUCCUAAACGUUGCUUCUCUUUGCAAUACGGCAAAAGUGUUUAAAGAUAAUGAAACAAACGAAUGGCUUGCUCAUGGUGACCCAACAGAAUGUGCAAUUCAAACUUUUGCUUGCAGAUUCGGUUGGGGUCGUACGAAACUUACAAAGAUGGACGAUAACGUUGGUGAACGUGAUGAAAGGAAGAAGAAAGCGCCUUGGAAGCAAAUCAGCGAAUAUCCUUUCGAUAGCAGCAUCAAACGUAUGGCAGUCACUUAUACAGACAAACAAAACGAUCGCCAUUUAGCAUUCAUGAAAGGUGCCGUCGAACGUAUUUUGGAUGCUUGCACAACCGUACAGAUGGAAUCCGGAAAUGAAAGUAUCAACGAUGAAUUCAAACAACGUGUUUUGGACAAUAUGGAAGCUUUGGCUGCAGGUGGCUUGCGUGUUUUGGCUUUGGCAAUGCGCCCUUUGACCAAGUCGGAAGUCGAUCAAGAUUCUGACCUCGAUCGUGAAGACGUAGAGAAAGAUAUGAUCUUUUUGGGUCUUAUCGGUCUAUACGAUCCUCCUCGUCCAGAAACGGCAGGAGCAGUAGAAGUUUGCAGAAAAGCAGGAAUCAAAGUUCACAUGUUAACAGGUGAUCAUCCUGGAACGGCAAAAGCUAUUGCAUUGGAAGUUGGAAUCGUACCACGUGAUACAAGAAAUAUGUCAAAAGCUGAAAUUGAUGCACUCGUCAUGACUGCAACUCAAUUCGAUCGUCUUUCAGAAGAUGAAAUCGAUCAAUUGCCUCAAUUGCCACUCGUUAUCGCUCGCUGUGCUCCUCAAACAAAAGUACGCAUGAUCGAAGCUUUGCAUAGACGCAAAAGACUCUGUGCAAUGACAGGAGAUGGUGUCAAUGAUUCUCCUUCUCUCAAAAUGGCUGACGUUGGUGUGGCAAUGGGUUUGAAUGGAAGUGAUGUUGCAAAAGAUGCAAGUGAUAUCGUAUUAACCGAUGACAACUUCGCCUCAAUCGGAAAUGCAAUCGAAGAAGGAAGAAGAAUGUCUGAUAACAUUCGCAGAUUCGUCUUACAUCUUUUGGCACAAAAUAUCGCUCAAGCGUUCUUACUCUUAAUCGGUCUCGCAUUUAAAGAUGGCGCUGGUUUUUCCGUUUUCCCAAUCAGUCCUGUCGGUAUCAUGUUUGUCAUCAUGCUCACUUCCGCUUUACCUGCAAUCGGUUUGGGAAUGGAAAAGGCAAACAGAGGAAUCAUGUCUCGUCCACCAGAUGAUCUUUCACACGGUAUCUUGCCACCAGAAUUGAUGUUGGAUUGCGCCGUUUACGGUAUUUUGAUGGCCGCUUUGUGCUUGGCAACUUUCACAAUCAGUCUUUACGGUUUCGGUCCUUCAUUCUUGGGAGAUGGUUGCAAUUCCGGUUAUAACCCAUCUUGCCAACCUGUCUUUUUGGCCCGUGGGGCCACUUUGACGGUAAUGAUCUGGUUCAGCUUAUUAUUGGCUUGGGGUUUAUUGGACCUUCGUAGAAGUUUCUUCAAUAUGCGUUCAGGUCAUUCAAUUUGGACUCAAUGGUUAUUCGAUGCAUACAGCAACAAAGUUCUCUUCUUUUCCGUCAUCUUCGGAAUUUGUUUCAGUAUCGCAAUCCUUUAUAUUCCCGUUAUCAAUGAUGACGUCUUUUUGCAAAAAGGAAUUUCAUGGGAAUGGGCAAUCGUUAUCAUCACCUCAAUCCUCUUCUUUGGUGGAAUCGAAUUAUGGAAAUGGGGCAAAAGAAUUUAUUUCCGUAGAAAAGAAUUCGCUCAACGAUCUCAUUCUUUUGAUGAAGAAACUGCCAACAACAAUAAAGUUGAAAAAUAAUCUCCUUAGUUCUUACCUUCCCACAAAUGAUACCAUCAUGCUUUUGUAUAUUUAUUAAAGUCGC